GGACAAAUAGAUUUACACGAGGUCAUUCAGUCUCUUCGAGCAGCCGGCUACAGCAACGCGGAGGCGCCAUUUUAAGGCACUGAAAGAUUCUGCCGGCAGGUAGUCCACCACCAUGUACCCGAACUCCCUGACUCACCUGGCCCGGGCCAACCCGUUCAGCGCCCCCCUGUUCACCCUCCAGAAAGCGGAAGAGCCCCAGCAGAACCUCCAUGGAGCACAGAGGACUCGUAGACUGGCAGCAGCCUCCACCGUAGACGAGGAUGUCAGCUGCGAGUUUGGCUCCUCAAAGUACUAUGCUCUUUGCGGUUUUGGUGGUAUCCUGAGCUGCGGCAUCACACACACUGCAGUGGUACCGCUCGACCUGGUCAAGUGCCGUCUACAGGUGAAUCCAGAUAAAUAUAAGAGCAUUGGGAACGGCUUUGCAGUGACUGUGAGAGAAGAUGGAGUCCGAGGUCUGGCGAAGGGCUGGGCCCCCACCUUUUUUGGUUAUUCCAUGCAGGGGCUCUGCAAGUUCGGCUUCUACGAGGUUUUCAAGAUCUUCUACAGCGACCUGUUGGGAGAGGAGAAUACGUACCUGUGGAGGACAUCGCUGUACCUGGCAGCCUCAGCCAGCGCAGAGUUCUUUGCCGACAUUGCUCUGGCUCCCAUGGAGGCUGUCAAAGUCCGGAUCCAGACCCAGCCCGGCUACGCAAACACCCUCAGACAGUGUGUCCCCAAGAUGUUCGCAGAGGAGGGGCUGUGGGCGUUCUACAAGGGUGUGGUUCCCCUGUGGAUGAGGCAGAUACCCUACACCAUGAUGAAGUUCGCCUGUUUUGAGCGAACUGUGGAGACGCUCUACAAAUAUGUUGUUCCUAAACCUCGGAGCGAGUGCAGCAAGCCGGAGCAACUGGUUGUCACCUUCGUAGCCGGAUACAUCGCUGGUGUGUUCUGUGCCAUCGUGUCCCAUCCUGCUGACUCCGUGGUGUCUGUUCUAAACAAAGAGAAGGGCAGCACUGCCUUGCAGGUCCUGAAGAGACUCGGUCCCAAAGGUGUGUGGAAGGGUCUGGUUGCUCGUAUCAUCAUGAUCGGAACUCUGACUGCCCUGCAGUGGUUCAUCUACGACUCCGUCAAGGUCUACUUCCGCCUGCCCCGCCCACCUCCCCCAGAGAUGCCAGAGUCCCUGAAGAAGAAGCUUGGCCUCACAGAUUAACACCCCCGCACACACACACACACAGUCCUUCAGUCCAGACCUGCUCCCCAGCACACAGCAGAUUUCUAUAUUUAUGUCCUGGGCUCAUACUGCUCCACAGCACAGUGUCCCUCUGUAGAAACUCCUGGAUGGUUUUAUCACUUCCUGUCAUUAGAACAUGUGGAAAUUCUAAUAAAAUAAAUUUCCCAGGAAAAUCCCA